AUGGAAGGCGAUAUACUUUUGGGGAAGGACACGCAAGACGAGUUUCGUUGGCAAACUGCUGAAGAUGCAAUGCAGUUGAGGUUGAAAUUCGGUGUUGAGGGUAAGUUGAGGGUAAGCCGGAUGUGA